UGGGAUCAGUUUGUUGUGUAAUCCAAUAAGCUCCAGUCCGUAUUUCCCCUGAAGCCCAUCUGGCUCGCUGGCAGGGUUUGUUUACUGGCUCGGGAAGGAGAAGCGGAUCCUACAGGAGCUGGGAGAGACUGUACAAUCUACCUCAGUCUGUCUGUGGGAGAUCAGAAGGGACAAAUAACGCUGAAGAACUUUUAUCUCACUUGCUUUUUAUCCCACUCGCUCCGGUGCAGCUGCUUUUAAUGUCGGGAGGGCGCGGACGCAACUUGGAUCGCACGUGCAUGUUUUUACAAAAACCUCCUGCAUUAAUACAGUAGAGAAACUACAUCUCUUAAAAAAAAAAAAAAAAACACGGAGACCACCGGAGUGCUGCGGAGCCACGACCCCGUCUGUCAGCGUCCCCGGAGCCCCCCCCUGAAAUCUGUGCACCCGCUCGGGAAGCGAAGGAGCCGCUCGACGGAUACGAGCACCAGAGGAACCAGAGGGGGAGAUGUUCGCGACUCGCUGGAGGACUUUUUAAAAAUCCAAACACACGCUAACGCCACGCACGCUUUAAAAAAAACCUGAAUUAAGUUAGCGCUCGGCUUUUUUAUUUUAUUUACAUUCAUUCCCCCCCCCCCCCCCCGCGGGUGCAGCUUCUCUCCAUUUUUAUACACGUGUGCAUUGUUACGUGAUUUUUUUUAUUAAUUUAGCACAGUUGGAAAAAAAGCGGUGCAAACUUCUCUCUCUCUCUCGUGGCCUGGACGGGAGUGGUGGAGCCAGGCUAGGCGGCUAGCAGCUAGCUAGCUCCGCGGCUAGCACUGACGUUAGCCUGCGCGCGGCUUUGUUUAUUUUGUUGCUCUUCUUUUCGCCCCCCCACUCGGACAAACUCAACCGGGACAACCUGACAUUGAAACACACCAAACAGAGGAGCCGUGCGUGUGCGUGUGGGUGUGUGCGUGUGUGCGUGCUGCUGCGUGUCCACGGUUCCCCCCCCCCCCACUCCUCCCUCCUCCUCCACAUGAGGUGGCUAGCUUUAGCAGCGGUAGCCGUGGCGCUAGCUUGCGUCUGACCCGAACACGUUGGACUCGAUCCUCCGCCCAUCUUCCGGGAUGUCUUUUAUUUAUUUUUGUUUACCUGUUGGCCCACGCCACCAAACAAAACCAGUCUCCUGAAGGUGUCUCUCCUCCAUUUUGAGCUGCCCUCCUCUUCCAAAGGGGGCCACCGAGCUGUUUUGACCCGGGACAGGAGCUGAAUGGUGUCUCAUACCGAGUCAGUGAUGUGUCCCCGGACUUUGUGUUUUGUUUUGACCGCUGUCUGCUUCGUGGUGAGCUGUCAUCGAGCGACUGGAGAGAUUUGUGUAAGCAAGGACAUCCGCAACAAUGUGACCAACAUGCAGACGCUGGAGAACUGCACUGUGAUCGAAGGCCACCUGAAGAUCCUGCUCAUGUUCAAGACCAAGCCAGAGGAUUUCCACGGCCUCAGUUUUCCAAAGCUCAGAGUGAUCACAGACUAUCUGUUGCUCUUCAGGGUUUACGGCCUGGAGAGUUUCAGUGAUCUCUUCCCCAACCUGACAGUCAUCAGAGGCAACAACUUGUUCUUCAACUACGCCCUAGUGUUGUUCGAAAUGCUGCAGCUGCGAGAGAUUGGCCUCCACAGCUUGAUGAACAUCACCCGCGGUGCCGUGAGAAUCGAGAAGAACCCAGACCUCUGCUACCUCUCCACUCUGGACUGGUCCAAGAUCCUGGACACGGUGGAGGACAACUACAUCAUGGCCAACAAGAACGACAGAGAGUGUGGAGACGUGUGCCCAGGGGCGGCCCUCGGGAAGACCACCUGCCAGACGACAACAAUCAAUGGACACUUCAGUGAACGCUGCUGGACGCAGAACCAAUGUCAAAAAAUGUGUCCUGUUCAGUGCAAACACCGGGCCUGCACCGAGGACUACCAGUGCUGCCACGACCAGUGCCUGGGCGGCUGCCGGAAGCCCAACUCAGCAAGUCACUGUGUGGCCUGCCGCGGCCUCCAGCUCGAGGGUGACUGUGUGGAACGCUGCCCCGCCGAAACCCAUCUCACCUUCAAGGGCUGGCGCUGUGUCACAUUCGCCUUCUGCCAGGAUCUCCACAACAAAUGCAAGCGGGAAAAGGAGCGCAAAAAGAACCCUGACUGCUACGAGUAUGUCAUCCACAACGGGGCCUGCGUCGCCGACUGUCCCUCCGGCUACACCACCGUCAACUCCUCCUCCCUCAACUGUAUGCCCUGUGCAGGGCUCUGUCCUAAGGUGUGCAUGGGCCUGAAAACUGUGGACUCUGUCACUGCUGCCCAGGCUCUGAAAGGCUGCACUGUUCUCAAUGGAAGCAUGGUCAUUAACCUGCGUGGAGGAAACAACAUAGCAGCUGAACUGGAAGCCAGUCUGGGUCAGCUGGAGGAGAUCACAGGCUACCUGACAGUGCGACGUUCCUACGCCCUUGUGUCACUCUCGUUUUUCCGCAAACUGCGUGUUAUUCGUGGAGAGGAACAGGAAAGCGGGAAUUACUCCUUUUAUGCACUGGACAACCAGAACCUGCGGCAGCUCUGGGAUUGGUCCAAACACAAGCUCACCAUCCUGAAGGGGCGCUUGUUUUUCCUCUACAACUCCAAACUCUGCAUGUCUGAGAUCCGCAGUAUGGGAGAGGUCACAGGAACCAAAAGUCGGCAGCAGAAAAUGGACGUCGCCACCAAGACCAAUGGAGACCAGGCCUCAUGUGAGAACCACCUGUUGAAGUUUACCCAGGUCCGAACCAUGAGCGAUAAGAUAAUGGUGAAGUGGGAAGCGUUCUGGCCUCCGGACUACAGAGACCUGCUGGGAUUCAUGGUGCUGUACAAAGAAGCACCAUUCCAGAACGUAACCGAGUUUGAUGGGCAGGAUGCCUGCGGCUCCAACAGCUGGGUGAUUGCUGACGUGGAUCCUCCAGAUCGAGCCGCAGAGGGGGAAAAAGAGCAGUUUGAACCAGGUCAUCUCAUCCUGCCGCUGAAGCCCUGGACACAGUACGCCAUCAUGGUGAAGACUCAACUCUCAGCCUCCGAUGAGCACCAGGUUAACGGAGCCAAGAGCGAGAUAAUAUACAUCCGCACCAAUGCCACCAAACCCUCCGUCCCGCUGGACGCCAUUUCCUCAUCCAACUCCUCGUCUCAGAUCAUCCUCAAGUGGAAACCUCCCAAUGACCCCAACGGCAACAUCACUCACUACCUGGUCUUCUGCCAGCGUCAACCUGAAGCCAGUGAGCUCUACAAGUUUGACUACUGUCAAAAGGGGAUGAAGUUGCCAUCGCGGGUGCCCACGCAGGUGGACAGUGACGAGGAGCACAAGUGGAACCAGACGGAGGAGCAGGGCUCGGGGACACGAUGCUGCGCCUGCCCCAAAACAGACAAGGAGCUCAAGAAAGAGAAAGAGGACUCGGAGUACCGCAAAACCUUUGAGAAUUACCUGCAUAAUGAAGUCUUUGAGAUCAAACGCUCGAGACAGCGGCGCGCUGUGAUGGGAAUAGCCAACCACACGAACCUCUUCCUCACCACCGCUCCCAGCCCCCCAGAGGGCACACGCACCCCCAACGGCGAGGACGAGGAAAACUUCGUAAGCAUCAAGACGGUGGUCACCGUCCACGCCAAAGAGUCCACUGUCAUCUCCAACCUGCGGCACUUCACCAGCUACCAGAUUGAGAUCCAUGCCUGCAACGACCCAAAAGACCCGGCCCGCUGCAGCAUGGCGGCGUACGUCAGCGCCCGCACGAUGCCCGAAGACAAGGCCGAUGACGUGGUGGGUCCGAUCAGCUACGAGGUGACGGAGAACUCGGUUCACAUCACUUGGCUGGAACCCAAAGCUCCUAAUGGAAUGAUCAUCCUGUACGAGGUCAACUACAAGAGGCUGGGAGACACUGAGGAGCUGCAUUACUGCGUGUCGAGGAACAUGUACAAAGUGACCCACGGUUGCAAGCUGAAAGUGAUGCAUCCUGGGAACUACACGGUUAGGAUUCGAGCCACGUCACUGGCCGGGAACGGAUCCUGGACCGAGCCCACAUAUUUCUACGUCCAGGACGAAAGCGACCCCCUCUACAUCGUAAAGAUCGUCAUUGGACCGGUCAUCUGUUUCAUCCUGUUGCUGUUUGUGACCGUGACAGGAUUUUUCUUGUUCAAGAAGAAUCAAACUCAAGGGCCAAGUGGUCCCAUCUACGCUUCUUCUAACCCAGAAUACCUCAGUGCUAAUGAUGUGUACGAGGAGGACGAGUGGGAGGUGGGCAGAGACAAGAUCGCCAUUUUGAGGGAACUGGGUCAGGGCACAUUUGGCAUGGUCUACGAGGGCAACGCCAAGGACAUCAUAAAGGGCGAGUCACAAACACUCGUAGCCGUGAAGACGGUGAACGAGUCCGCGAGCCUGAGGGAGCGGAUCGAGUUCCUGAACGAGGCCUCGGUCAUGAAGGCCUUCACUUGCCACCAUGUGGUGCGUCUGCUGGGUGUCGUGUCUAAGGGCCAGCCCACGCUGGUGGUGAUGGAGCUGAUGACCCACGGAGACCUGAAGAGCUACCUGCGCUCUCUGCGGCCUGAUGCUGAAGUAAUGAGAUUACAACACACACCCCUAUAGCACAAAGUGAAUUUAAACUUAUGUUCAUAUUAGUUUAAGGUUGGAUUGAACUCGUAAUUUGCUUAAUUCUCCAAAGUACAGCUGUAGACACAUUUUCACACUAAAGGAAAUAAAAUCCGGGACACUGAACAUUCUGUGGUUUACACACAUAUGUUUUACU